GAGAUUGUAAAUAAUAUGUACGAGACCGACCCUGAUCUCCUUGCUGGCGAAAGUGCAGAGGAGGAAACAGAGGACAGUAUUAUGUCCCCCAUCCCUGUCGGACCUCCGUCACCCUUUCCCACCAGUGAGGACUUCACUCCCAAGGAGGGCUCACCUUAUGAAGCUCCUGUCUACAUUCCUGAUGACAUUCCAAUCCCACCAGAUUUUGAACUCAGAGAAUCUUCGAUUCCAGGGGCAGGGCUAGGGAUUUGGGCCAAAAAGAAGAUUGAAGUUGGGGAAAGAUUUGGACCUUAUGUGACAGUACAGAGGAGCACGUUAAAGGAAGCAAACUUUGGAUGGGAGCAAAUACUGACGGAUCCUGAGGUGACUUCCCAAGAGGGCAACAUAAAAAAGAUUGCUGAUGACCUGGGAAAUGAGAAAUUCUGUGUUGAUGCUAGCCAGAGUGGAGCUGGGAACUGGCUGAAAUACAUCCGUGUGGCCUGUUCCUGCGAUGAACAGAAUCUAGCUGUGUGUCACGUUAAUGACCAGAUCUAUUAUAAAGUUAUUAAAGAAAUUGAGCCAGGAGAAGAGCUCUUGGCGUAUACGAAGGAAGGUGGCUAUUCGCUCGGGAACAUGGCGCCCAGCAUGGAAGAAGAGCACACGUUUCGUUGCGAGGACUGCGAUGAGCUUUUCCAGUCCAAGCUCGACCUGCGGCGACACAAGAAGUACGCCUGCAGCUCCGUGGGCUCGCUCUAUGAGACGCUGAACGAGGAGAUCAAGCAGGAGGCUCUUGGAGAUGGACAGGUCUAUGAGUGCAAAGACUGUGAGAGGAUGUUCCCCAAUAAAUACAGCUGUGUCAGGAAGAUUCUCCUCUUUAGCUUCCGGCAUUCUGUGUUUACCGACCCCAGCAACCUCCAGCGGCACAUCCGUUCCCAGCACGUCGGCGCGCGAGCCCAUGCCUGCCCAGACUGCGGCAAAACCUUUGCCACCUCGUCCGGCCUCAAACAACACAAGCACAUUCACAGUACUGUCAAACCUUUCAUAUGUGAGGUCUGUCACAAAUCCUACACGCAGUUCUCCAACCUCUGCCGUCACAAGCGGAUGCACGCUGACUGUCGCACUCAGAUCAAAUGCAAGGACUGUGGCCAGAUGUUCAGCACUACCUCUUCUCUCAACAAGCACCGGCGCUUCUGCGAGGGCAAGAACCAUUACAACCCAGGGGGAAUUUUUGCCCCUGGACUACCCUUGACGCCCACUUCCAUGAUGGACAAAUCCAAGCCCUCUCCCAACCUCAAUCACGCCAGCCUGGGAUUUAAUGAUUAUUUUCCAUCCCGUCCACACCCAGGGGGUCUUCCAUUCACCCCUGCCCCCCCAGCAUUUCCUGCCCUCGCUCCAGGGUUCCCGGGGAUUUUCCCACCCUCCCUGUACCCCAGGCCCCCUUUGUUACCGCCCACACAACUGCUCAAAAGUCCCCUCAACCACACUCAAGAUGCAAAGCUUCCAAGCCCACUUGGGAACCCGGCACUUCCUCUGAUUUCUGCAGUAAGCAACAGCAACCAGGCCACUUCAGGAGAGGAGAAAUGUGAAAGCAGCCUGGAAAACUCCUAUCUGGAGAAGCUAAAAGCCAGGAACAGUGACAUGUCAGAUGGCAGUGACUUUGAGGAUGUCAAUACAACCACAGGCACGGAUCUGGAUACCACUACUGGCACCGGCUCUGACCUGGACAGUGAUGCAGAGAGUGACAGGGACAAAACAAAAGAGAAAAGCAAACAGAUGGAGAGCAAGCCGGAUUUUGUCAGCAGUUCUGUGUCCGCAAGUUCCACUAACAACACCAGCGAGAUCCCUCUCUUCUAUUCUCAGCACUCCUUCUUUCCUCCCCCAGAAGAGCACCUGCUACCUACCACAGGAGCAGCCAAUGACUCUAUUAAAGCUAUUGCCUCCAUUGCAGAGAAAUAUUUUGGUCCUGGCUUUAUGGGGAUGCAGGAGAAGAAGAUGGGUUCGCUCCCCUAUCAUUCCAUGUUCCCCUUUCAGUUCCUCCCCAAUUUUCCCCAUUCACUCUAUCCGUUUACAGAGCGGACCCUCAAUCACAACUUGCUGGUCAAGGCAGAACCAAAGUCACCCAGGGACCUCCACAAAGUAGGCAGCACCAGCUCGGAGUCACCCUUCGAUCUCACCACAAAGCCAAAAGAGAUUAAGCCAAUCUUGCCACCACCUAAGGUCCUGCCAGCCCCAGCCUCAGGGGAAGAACAGCCACUGGAUCUAAGCAUUGGCAACCGCAUCCGAGCCAGUCAGAAUGGAGGAAGAGAGCCACGGAAAAACCACAUUUAUGGGGAAAGGAAACUAAUGGCAAGUGAAGUCCUACCCAAGAUUUCUCAGUCUCAGCUGCCUCAGCAACCGUCCCUGCAUUAUGCUAAGCCAUCACCCUUUUUCAUGGACCCCAUUUACAGCAGGGUGGAGAAGCGGAAGGUGACUGACCCUGUGGGUGCCCUAAAGGAGAAGUACCUGCGACCCUCCCCGCUGCUUUUUCACCCCCAGAUGUCAGCCAUAGAAACGAUGACGGAGAAGCUGGAGAGUUUUGCAGCCAUGAAGGCAGACACCGGCACCUCCCUGCAGCCCCUCCCGCAUCAUCCUUUCAACUUCCGAUCCCCCCCACCUACGCUGUCCGAUCCCAUCCUGCGCAAGGGCAAGGAGCGUUACACCUGCAGGUACUGUGGUAAGAUCUUCCCGCGCUCAGCCAACCUGACACGGCAUCUGCGGACACACACUGGAGAACAGCCCUACAGGUGUAAAUACUGUGACAGGUCAUUCAGCAUUUCCUCCAACCUCCAGCGGCAUGUUCGAAACAUCCAUAACAAGGAGAAGCCAUUUAAAUGUCACCUGUGUAACCGAUGCUUCGGGCAGCAGACCAACUUGGACCGACACCUUAAGAAACACGAACACGAGAAUGUUCCAGUGAGCCAGCACUCUGGAGUCAUUACAAACCACCUUGGGACCAGUGCCUCUUCCCCAAACUCGGAAUCAGACAACCAUGCACUUUUAGAUGAAAAAGAGGAUUCCUAUUUCUCUGAAAUAAGAAAUUUUAUUGCAAAUAGUGAGAUGAAUCAAGCAUCAACUUUAGCAGAUAAAAGGCCAGAAAUCCAGGAUAUUGAUGGCAAUUCCCAGUGUCAUGGAUUAGCGAAUGAGAAAACAGAAGAUGUGGAUGACGAAGAUGAAGAACUGGAAGAAGAAGAUGAUGACAGCCUGACAGGGAAGUCGCAGGAUGAAACAGUAUCACCCACCGCAGAGCCCCGAGGCACAUUUGAGGAUGAAGAGGAUGAAGAGCCCACAUCUCUCACCAUGAGCUUUGACCACACCCGAAGGUGUAUUGAGGAGGACGAAGCCGGCUUGUUAGAUUUGGAGCAGAUGCCGAAUUUUGGGAAGGGGCUGGAUCUUCGCAAAGCAGCCGAGGAAGCAUUUGAAGUUAAAGAUGUGUUUAAUUCCACCUUAGACUCUGAGACAAUAAAACAGACUCUGUACAGGCAGGCUAAAAACCAGGCUUAUGCAAUGAUGCUGUCCCUGUCUGAGAACGCUCCCCUCCACACGUCCUCCCAGAGCUCUCUGGGUGCUUGGUUGGACAUGGCAGGAGCAGCUUCAGAGUCGGGGACCUUUAACCCCAUCAACCACCUCUGAGAGGUCACCAAGGCACUGGCCAGAGUCCAAGCGAGGAGGCGGUGGUGCUGCAAUUGUCCUAGCAAAAAUCCUAGCAAGCAGAAGAUGGAUGAGAGGGCCUCAGGGAGUCGUCUGGGCUUUUGACUGGGAAAGAAACCUGUCGCAUCUGACCUGCAACUCCUGAAUUUUUUAUCUAUCCACAGUUUUCAUUUCUAAUUUAUCAGAAUGGACCUCUUCAAAACUGGAUAACCCUGAUGCAGCCCUAGGAUUUCACAGUCUCUUAAGAGUAGCAUAAACAAGACAUGAAUUGCAACGGUGCAAUCAAAUAUUGGCCCCUUUACCGUUACAAGACAGUAUCACCGAGCCAGUAGCGUUUGCCUGUAAAUGAAGGCUUGAAGCUGUUUGGUACUCUAGCCUUUCAAUUCAGCUGAAAUAUGAAAUAAUUAGGGAGAAAACCGAGUGGGGGGUGACCUCUCCCUGGUGCAAUUCUGUCACAGUCACUGGAGUUACACCAAGGAAGGGUAAAUGCAACCCAUUUAAUUGACCUCUGAAAGCAUUUGCAAUUCUGUGCUCCCACAGAAAUACCAUCGUGUCCCUGGUAAACACAACAACAAAACAUACCCGCACAGUGCAAAGCCUCUUCACUGGGAGGCCACACUGCAUGCAGUCAUGACACGCUAUAUGCAGUGUCCGGCCUGGAGCAGUGCUGAGGUUGGAGGUGAUGUAUCAUGCGAGUAUGUGGUUCGUGGUCGUAGGACGUGACCUGAACGCCCCUCUGUCUGGGCCUGCGCUGCAAGGUUAAGAGCGCUUUCCAUCUCUGUUAACGCCUGUUAGCUCAAGCUGCUGCUUGAACUCAGAGCGUCCCGAGCGUUUUUCAGGAAAAGCCACGGUCAGAGUUAUCUGCUGGCAAGGACAGUAGCGCUCUGCCCCGCUCUGGCCUCGAUGUCCUCAGGACUAAGCUGCUGAAAAUGCUUGGCCUUUUUGCAGACAGAGAGCUCCCAUGGGUAAACCCGGACCUGAAAAGGUGUAGCUGUGUGUAAGAAAGCAUGUACAGUGGGCAGGUCUGGCCUAAGGCAAGGGCAACUUAGUCAUAUCUUCUAAGUUAUCUGCCAGGGUUUUUUUUAGAGUGGCAGCCUUUCAGUGGUGGUAGGAUCCGGGGACUGUGGCAGACAUUUCCGACUCCAGCAGGUGUUUGGGUUUGCUGGGUGGUUGUUUAGGCGUAGCACACUGUCAUAAUUUGACCCAUAAUUUCAAUAGAAAGUUUGAAAUCUCCUUGCUUCAGCAGCCUCAGAGGUGCAAGCUCUCUGUCCAGGCACAGAGCGGAGAACAGUACUGGCUCUCUAAGGUGCUUCAAAGUCUCAUCUUUUUUUACUGAUGUGAAGCAGUCUCCAGAAAUACUGUGAUGUUUGUGCUAUUCUCCCUUGUAAUGACAACCCGAUGUUGUAGCAGUGAUGUUACAGGUAAAGCUGAAUUACAGAAUCGUCUGGAAAGGCAGGAGAUCUAUUGCAAAUAGCGACAACAUUGGCUACACAGAUGAAGUUUAUGAUACGCGUCCUGAGAAUUUUCUAGUUACAGCGUCAUAAGAAUUAAACAAUGCUGAGGACUGGAGCGCUGCCCCCGCCGACUUUGAGCGAAAACGGGUCUGUCUCCAUCUUGCGCGUUGACGUGCUGCCUCCGCAGCUUGCUGCGAGGCCGGGGAUGCUCUGACAGUCCGCCUGGGUAAAGAUCUCGUUCAAAGCCAGUGAGGUCGAGAGGAGCUUUCCGUGUUGGUUUCAGUAGGCUUAGUGCUGGGCGCGCUCCUGUUAAGUGUUGUAUCUGGUGGUAACUGCUUCCAGGCCUGGCUCAAUGGCUGAUUUGAGAGAAACUGCACACAGCGGUCAGUAUAUCUGCCCGUAAAUCCUAGCGACGCGCGGCUUCUCUGCCUCCUUUGUAUGAGAAAGACGAGCGGCCGCCGCUGUGCCAGCCCGGGAUGGGGUUCUCAGCCAGACAGAGAAACCGAGGACGGAGCCGGGUUGCUGCGUGCUGAAACAGAGGAGAGAGCGACUCCGACCGAGCGGAGGUGCUGCUGGCAUCUGCAGCCUUUGCAGUUCCCGCUGUGUGCCCCGGAGCAGCCCCGAGGCUGAGGAGCCUCAGGUGGUCCAGGAAGGAAGGAAGGCGUCUGAGGUGUCUUUGGUGUACCAGGAAGAAAGGGCAAAUUGGCAGCAUCAGUUUAUUUUCCAGGAAAAAAAUACCCUUCCUAUUCGGUUUUCCACAUCACCCUGUGAAAGUGCCCACGGCUCGGGAUCCACCAGUCAGUGAAAGCCCCGCUGGUGCGUGUAUUUGCACAAAGCUCUUGGGCAAAUAUAGCCCAAGAACUGCCAAUGUCAAAGAAACCAGGCUCUGAGAAGGAGCUGGCGCGGCCCUGCCCCAGCC